GGGGUAACCGGCCUGGAUGCCGGGGGCAGCUCUCAGGGGUGCCGGGGCGGGGACACAGAGAGCUCUGGCUGUGUUUGCGUCCAUUGCGGGAGAGUCGCUGUCAGCAGCUCCUGCCAGGCCCGACUGCUGGGGAGGCCGUAACAGGACGUGUCUGUGUGGCCGAGGCUGGGGAGGUCGGGCCCUCCAUCCCCUGUGGCCGAAGUUGGGACGAAGAAGCAAAUGGGACCAGCCUGGCCCAGCGGCUGCUCUUCUCUUACCUGGAGUGAUGCCUCUUAUCCCCCCUCUUGGUACCAGCAUAUACGUGGCUCCCGCGGAGGAGAAGCCCACAAAUACGGCCAGCGAGGCAGUCAGCGCGCCCUGCGGGGCCCUCGAUGCCGCAGCUGCAGUGGCGGCCAAGAUUAAUGCCAUGCUGAUGGCGAAGGGUAAAAUCAAACCGUCUCAGGGCGCCCCUGAAAAGGUCCAGGUAGCCGGCAAACCUCCGCCUGCAACCAAAAGCAAGGACGACCUGGUGGUGGCGGAAGUGGAGAUUAAUGAUGUGCCACUGACAUGCCGCAAUCUGCUAACAAGGGGACAGGCGCAAGAUGAGAUUAGCCGGCUGAGUGGGGCGGCUGUGUCCACGCGUGGGAGAUACAUGACACCGGAAGAGAAGACAAAACUGGGUCCCGGAGAUCGUCCACUCUAUCUCCAUGUCCAGGGCCAGACGCGGGAGCUCGUUGACCGAGCUGUGAACCAAAUCAAGGAAAUUAUUACCAACGGCAUGGUGAAAGCAGCCACCGGCUCCAGUCCCACCUUCAAUGGAGCCACUGUCACUGUAUAUCACCAACCAGCCCACGUGACACCAAUACCUCCCAUAACGCUACCCAAGCCACAGUUCCAGUCAGGAGGGAUGCACUAUGUACAGGACAAGCUGUUCGUGGGUCUGGAGCACGCCAUAGCUACUUUCACUGUGAAGGAUAAGGUGGAAGGUCCAGGGUGCUCCUACCUCCAGCACAUACAAAUGGAAACCGGGGCCAAAGUGUUCCUCCGAGGGAAGGGGUCUGGCUGCAUCGAGCCUGCCUCCGGACGGGAAGCCUUUGAACCGAUGUACAUCUAUAUCAGCCACCCAAAACCUAAAGGUCUGGCAGCUGCCAAAAAGCUGUGCGAGAAUCUCUUGCAGACGGUACACGCAGAGUACGCCAGGUUUGUGAAUCAGAUCAGCACGGCUUCUCCUAUACCUGGUUACCCGCAGCCGCCACCAAUGGGCGCAGUGUCCAUGCAGACUUCAUACUACCCAGCAAAUGGUUUCCAGACAGGAUUCCCAGUGGCACCGCCGAUCCCACCGCAGCAACCAGUGCAGGUGCCAUACGUGGUUCCAGCCCCUUUGACCGCCCCUGUACCACCACUGCCUGCCGUUGUGCCCACGAUGCCGGUACCACCAGUGCCAACACAUUAUCCAAUCUCGCAAGUGCUGCCGCCAGUGACCGCCAUUCCCGUCCCACUGAGUACUCCGUUUGUUCCACCUGCCCCUGUUAAACCCACCGCCACUCCUCUUCCUCCACAGAGCCUGCUCCAAGGACAGAAAAGACGCUUUAAGGAGGAGCUCCCCGAGGAACAGGACUCCAGCCUGCUGGGCUACCAGCAUGGACCCAUUCAUAUGACUAAUUUAGGUACAGGCUUUCCGGCCCCGGGCAAGGUGGACCAUCCAGCAGCCACACCAGAUGGAGCCGCAAGCAAGGACCGAGAGAGGGACAGUAAUAAAACGAAAGACGUUCUGUCUUCCCGUAGGCAACUGAUGCCCCCACCUGGUAUGCCAACGGCGGCGCAGAAAGACACAGAGGAGAAGACGACGACCAGCCGGAGUUCGGCGGGAGCAGAGGAAAACCAUGCCAAGAAGUUGAAGACCAGCAAUAAAACCUUUGGUUUGGUGGCAUACACGGGAGACUCCUCUGAUGAAGAAGAGGAGCACGGAGGUCACAAGAAUUCCAGCUCCUUCUCCCAGGCCUGGAAUGUAGGAUACCAGUAUUCAGCCUCCCAGCCGCGGGCCAAACAGCAGAUGCCCUUCUGGAUGGCACCCUAGGACUCUUAUUUGCAUUCCUGCCUCCCACCCUACACUGACUGGUAGCGAUUAUCGGGCAUGUUUACGCAACGGCCAUUUUAUUUAAAAAUGUUUUUUUUUUUUUGUUAAAUAAGGAGAUGUAUUUAGCGGAAGUAGAGGAAGAGGCGCAAAUGGGAUCCAUUUUUACUCAUUCUCCACAACUUUUUUACCCCCAGAGUUCCUGCAGGUGAGGCUAGCUUGGACCCUUUCUUGACAUUGCCCCCCCCCCCCUUCCCCCUGUUUUCCCAUAACAAGACCCAAAGGGAAAGACUAUCUGCUUUGCAUCACCUGGACCUUGUGGUCAGCCCCUCCACCAAGGUUGCUUUUGGACCAGAUAUUUAUAUUUCGGUGAGUUAUAGUCUUUCUGCCUGCCUGGGGACUUCUAACCAAUCAGACCAGUUCUCAAUUCCAAAACUUUUUUUUUAUUAUUUUUUUUUACUGUGUUCUACUGGCAAGCCGGACAGAUUUUGCUUUCUAGUGCCCUGCAUCAGUGUCUUCUCCAUACCCAAGAGAAAAAUAAACCAGAAUAAAUUGAGCUCAUCAGAUAAUCACUCUUAAUAACCUGCAUUCAAAGAGCGGCUGGCAAAAUUUUCUUUUCUAAAAUACAUCUCAAGGCCCGGGAAGUCUACAUGGAUGAUGUGUUCUAGUUAUUCUGCUGUUGUAGGUGUUUUGGAGAGUGGCAGCUGCACAGCUCCAGGCAAAUUCACUUACUGUAUUCAGGACUUGGUGCCUUCACUGCAUGUCGUAUACGAAAGCUACUAAUAAGGUUUACAUAGAAAUAACACAUGAUGGGUAGGUAAGAAUCUCUCCCAGAACCAUUAUAAUACACUUAGGCUGCACUCUUAAAACUUUAUCUAUAAAUUUUAAUAGUAGCUUUUGUAUAUGAUUUGUUUUGAGUGGUAAUUUCACAACCGGAACAGAGACUAUUAUACUCUAUAGUUUAUCUGAGCUUGGAAUACCUGCAGCUCUGCUUGUCCUGUGCUUCAGUGUGUUUUUCCUGCACUCUUCACCUCAUUGGAAAUGGUCUGUUCCUGGUGUCACUGUGGGGAGAGCGCCAAGCUGCUGCAGUCUUCAGUUAUAUAUGUACCUGGCUGCUGGACCACCCCCGCCAGACUUAUAGAAUUUUCUGUUUGUCAGUAGUAAUCCCGGAUCCCACAGACUCUCUAUCCUGCAGCCUGCCAAUACCGCUUUGUACCUUCAAAUAAUUUUCGCUGUAAAUAUUGGAAAAAAAAUCUUUUAUUGUAAAUAAAUGUAUAAAUAUUCAA